ACCCAGUCCGCCGCAACUCCUCUCCAUCUUGAAGUCUCAAAUUCAAGGGCUUGGCUUAAAGGCUCAUAUUCUGUAUUAGAGGAGAGUCCACUUUCAUCCCUUGCUUCCUAGAGUAAUCCCCCCAUGCGGUACAAUCCUUACUAGUUUGUAGCAGUUGAAUGCUAUUUUUUUUUUUUUAUGAGCCAGCAGUUGAAUACUAAAAGGAGUGGGCAGAACUGCCUUGCGAAAUAACACGCUCCAGUCGCCACCUCCACGCUCUCCUUACACCCUCCAGAUUGCCGUCGGCGAGGAGUUCAUGAGGUCCGGGACGAUGUCGCUUACGGAGCUCGACGACGAUAUGGUGCGCAGCAUGUCAAUUGGAGCAGUUUUCUCGGACUUCGGUGGGAAGAUAAAUUCGCUUGAUUUCCAUCGGAAGGAAGAUUUACUGGUUACAGCCAGUGAGGAUGAUUCGGUUCGAUUCUAUGACAUUGCAAAUGCUAAGUUGUUGAAGACAACAUAUCACAAGAAGCACGGUGCUGAUCGUAUAUGCUUUACGCACCACCCUAGCUCUGUUAUAUGCUCUUCAAGAUACAAUUUGGAGUCCAGUGGAGAAUCCCUGUGGUAUCUGUCAAUGUAUGAUAAUCGGUGCCUUCGAUACUUCAAAGGGCAUAAAGACAGAGUCAUUUCCCUCUGCAUGUCUCCAAUUAAUGAUAGCUUCAUGUCUGGUUCUCUCGAUCAUAGUGUCAGAAUAUGGGAUCUUCGCGUAAAUGCCUGCCAGGGAAUUCUACGCUUACGUGGUAGACCUACAGUUGCGUAUGACCAACAAGGCCUUGUCUUUGCUGUGGCAAUGGAAGGGGGUGCUAUUAAAUUGUUCGAUUCACGUUCCUAUGACAAGGGUCCCUUUGACACCUUUUUAGUUGGUGGAGAUAUGGCUGAGGUGUGCGAUAUCAAAUUUAGCAAUGAUGGAAAAUCAAUGCUAUUGACGACCACAAAUAACAACAUUUAUGUUCUUGAUGCAUAUGGAGGAGAGAAGCGCUGUGGGUUCAGUUUGGAACCAUCUCAAACAACAAAUAUAGAGGCAACUUUUACCCCAGACGGCCAAUACGUGGUCUCAGGUGCAGGAGAUGGAACCUUACAUGCCUGGAGCAUCAACAUGCGAAAUGAGGUGGCAUGCUGGAACAGCCACAUUGGUGUUGCAUCGUGCUUAAAGUGGGCUCCUCGUAGGGCCAUGUUCGUUGCUGCAUCAACUGUUCUCACGUUUUGGAUACCCGACAAUUCAAAGUCUAAUGCUGAACCUGGUUCCAUGGAAACUGAAGCUGCAAGUCAAUCCGAACAUAUUUCUCAAUGAGCCCAGAUUUUCCAUCGCUGGAUUACAUCAACUCUGUAACUAUAAUGGACUUUGACUUAAUUUAAUUGAGCCUGUAAAAGUUUUGGUUUGUGCUUGAAUCAGCUUUGUCUCUGUUAUUUUAUAAUGCAUCUGGCCGUAUAUUCUGAAAAGGGACAGAUUUCCUCCAAA